CUUCAUCCUUCCUUUGCCUUUUUUCUCCUUUCCCUCCUCGCUUUAUCUCCGACGCCUUUUCUUGGCCCCCUUCUCUCUCCAAUGGCUUCUUUUAUUCCAGUUCAUAUCAUGUCUUUUGAGAACCACCAGUACGCAAAUCGCAUUGGAAAACUACUUGUUGCCUCUCCUCCUAAACCCAGGAAGCACAUCUCAGAAUAAUGGCCAAAGGAUGCUCCAAAUGCCUCUUCAUAUUCCCCUUGUCUCUUCUCAUCAUCUGUUCUUCGGGAACUCUGGUGGGUUUCUCUUACCAUGCAAAUGUAAAGACUGCAGAUUCAUUAAGUAUUAAAACCUUAACAUUCUUCAAGCUAAAAAAGGUUGCUCCAUCACAGAUCGAGGCAUUUACUGCUGAUAACCAAGAUUUAAGUUCUCUCACUAACUUUGGUGCAUCGGUCCACCUCUUCCUAAAUGUAGACCAAAUUAAGAGUGUUAUGCAUUCUGAACCAUCUGCUAUUUCAUUGCUCAAACUCAAAGCCCAAACGCUGGCCUCUCAUCCUCAAGCAAGAUUAGAAGGCAUAAUACUGGGUUUUGGUUAUCAGAAUGUGGGUCAAGCCGAGCUGCAGAAGAUCUCAUCCACAUUAGAAUUAGUCAAUGGUAUCAUGAAUAGUGAGAGAAAGAUGAAGGUUUCUGUGGCGUUUCCUCUGGCUUUCUUAGAGAAAUUGGGGAAAGAUGGUUCAGGAGAGCCACAUAGGAUAUUCAGUUCCAUUGAGAAAUCGUCGGUGAUGGUAAUCAUCGAAGACAAUAUCACAAGUGAACCAGGUGACAGAGAUAAGGUUGUUCACUCUGUCAUUCAAAGAGCACUUCUGGCCGGUUCUCUUUUUUUGCCCAAUCAUAUUCCUCUAGUCUUGUCCCUCAAAACACCAGUUAUUCCUAGUACAGAAGAAGCGGCUCAGUUGACUGAUAGCGUCUUGAAAUCAUUAGAAAGCAAUGCUCAGAUCAAACCUGGCCAGUUAGUAGAAAUCUAUACAGAUUUAUCAGACAUGCGUGAACUCAGGUAUCGAGAUGUUCAAUACAAAAGACCGGUUUCUUACCACAGAGAACUCCUGAGCCACCUGAAACACAGUCUGCACGACUUGGUUACCAAUCCGACAACCACAUUUCCAGUGACUCCAGUAUCGGCAACACCAGUCACCACUCCAGGUACUCCCGCACCCACCAUCAUCACCGUGCCUUCUACCACCCCAGUCAUGGCAACUCCAGAGAAUCCUCCGGUGGCACCUAUCAUAUUUCCCCCGACAAAUCCUGUAAAUCCUACCGUGCCAGUCACAAAUCCGGCGGCGCCUAUCAUAUUUCCCCCAAUAAAUCCUGUUAACAAUCCCGUGCCGAUCACAAAUCCGGGCGCGACACCAAUUGCAGUCCCUGGGGCCCAGCCGGUAACUAACCCUGUGACAACAUAUCCGUCACCAUUAGGGGGCGUUCCUGUUACAGCACCCGUCACAAACCCAGUCGCACCUCCAGUGACUACAAAUGCACCUGCGGUCCCAGGACAGAGUUGGUGUGUAGCCAGGAGUGGAGUAUCGGAAACUGUCCUACAACAAGCACUGGAUUAUGCUUGCGGCAUCGGGGGAGCAGAUUGUUCGCAAAUUCAGCAGGGAGCAAGCUGUUAUGACCCAAAUUCUCUUCAGUACCAUGCAUCCUAUGCUUUCAACAGCUACUAUCAAAAGAAUCCGGUGGCUACGAGCUGCGAUUUUGGGGGUGCCGCCACUAUCGUUAAUGUCAAUCCAAGCGUCGGUUCUUGUAUUUACCAGACCUAUCCAUUAUCAUCUGCACCAGCAACUACGACGACGACACCAACACCGACAACAGCAUCUCUGUCUCCUCCAUCGACGGGGGUGCCCAUAUCAAGCUCCGGGACUCCCCCUGCAGUGGUGAAUCCUGUCUCCACUAGUCCCACUGGCUUUACCUUGGAAAACCCUCCGGCCGUCAAUACAUCAACCUCGACCUCGACUAAAUUGCAGCCUUGCAGUUACACUGGCCAUAUUGUCUUGCUAACAACCUUACUCGCUGCAAAAUUGAUGCCGGCAAGGUAGGAUCCCUGAACUUCGUGUACAACAUCCUCGGUCCCGGGCUGGUGUCAUGUUUCCUGUUGCAUCAACUAUGUACGGGCUCAUUGUUGGAGCGACAAAGAGCAACUUGGUAUUGGUUCUAAGCUAUACCAAGUAAACUGUGACAAUAUUUAAGCCUGUUAGGUUCUCCAGACCGCAUACAUGCGCUAAGCUGUCUAAUAGAGAUGCUUGUUAGAGUAUACACUGUCCAAAAUCUUGUAUAAUAGCUGAUAGCCGAGAUAGACCUAAUAUCAUAUAUUUCCUUUGGGGCAGUAGAAAGUAGCAAUCUAGGACUUCAGGUCAGAGUUAGAAGAGGAUUGCUGAAGAUUGUAAUAGCUGAUCCACACUUGUUUGUUGUCUACGUGCAUUGUGCAGCUAAGUUUGAAUCCAUUACAAGUUCAUUUG